AUUGAUGACGCUACCCUCACGUGACCAGGAGUCGACGUGUGCAGAAGUCCUUAGAGUCCAGGGCCUGUUUCCCUGAAGCAGCUCCCUAUUGCCGGAGGGAAAAAGUGUCUCGGAUCCUUUCAGGUACUAUCUUGCUCACCCAAGCACUCCUGUUGGUCGGUCUGCAGGACUUUUGGUUCUUUGGGAGCGACACAAAUCGAGUAAGGGAAGAGGGAGGAAAAUCCUCCGGAUCCUUUCAGGAUUAAUUCAUUCAAAAAGGAAAUAAGAACAACACUCAGAAUGCAAACGUCUUGUGAAGAAAAUGAAGGAAAAUCACAGAACAUGCAAAACGCUGAAGAAGACCAUCCUUCAGUUGAUGUACCACAGGUGGUGGAAGAAAAUCCUCAACCUUCCCAAGAAGGUGUAAGCCAGGAUGCAGAAAGAAGCCUUAGAGGAGGGCUGACCCAACCAGACCAGGAAUUUAAAGAUAACACCCCAGUUAGGCAUUUGGACCCUGAAGAAAUAAUAAGAGGGGUAGAUGAGUUGGAAAGGCUUAGGGAAGAGAUAAGAAGAGUGAGGAACAAGUUUGUGAUGAUGCAUUGGAAGCAAAGACACUCACGCAACCGUCCUUAUCCUGUGUGCUUUAGGCCUUGAAUCCUUUUUUUGUAUGAUACUAAAAUUUGGCCCCUGAUUUCUUUCUAUUAGCAUUUUCUGCUGUACUUUUCACCUACCUUUUACUUUUAAUCAUCUUGUAGAAUUUUGUUUAAGGCAGUUUUCUUAUUACCAACAUCUCAUUGAAGUUUGUGUUUUAAAUCAUUGUUUGUGUCUAGUUUUCAGUUAGGAAGUUUCACACAGAUGCAUGAAAAUAUGUUCAUUUCAUGUCAUAAAAUAGAAUAGCAGGUUAUAAAGCAGCAUAUUUAGCAUCAGCUUACAUAUAGUAUAAAAUUCCUAAUUGCGUGUGUAUGUGUGCACAUGUGUGGAUGUGUAUACAUGCAUAUGUAUAUAAAAAAAGCUUAACUUUU